AUGUCGCGACACAGCAAGCUUCAGAAGCAGGUCCUGGCUCUGUACCGCCAGUUCUUGCGGGCCGGACGGGACAAGCCGGGUUUCCUGCCCCGCGUGCGAGACGAGUUCCGAGCGAACGCCGCCAUCAAGAAGACGGACGUGAUGCACAUCGAGUACCUGUACCGGCGAGGUCAGCGGCAGCUGGAGCAGCUCAAAGACGUCAACACCAAACAGCUGGGAACUUUUGCCAAAAAUAAGGAGCGCGGCUGA